GCGAAAGCAGCCUCUGUCCUGUCCGAGGCCCUCUGUGGGCCUGUGGCCAAGCUGCUGAGGUGCUUGGGAUGAAACUCAACUCUAGGGGGUGCCCUGUGUACCACAGGCCCCCUAUAGAUCCAGCUAACUAGAGGCCGACGAUCUGCCAGCCUUCAAGGCUGCUGAGGCCACUGCCCCCGUGUCCCAGUAAUGGAAACUUCUCAGCUGCCCUGUGAGCUACAGCUCGGGUUCCUGACCCGUGCGCGGCUCUGAUCGGCAGCAGAUCACAGGACAAGGCAGGUGGGCAAGCGCAUGCAGGACAAACACAGUGCCACAGGAGCCCAGGGCCAUGUUCCAGUAAAUGAGGUCUUCAGCUCAAGUCUCUCGCUCUGAUUCCCACCCACGAACACACCAUCCAGCCAAAGAGACUGAGGGGCCCACGUGGGACUCACAGCCUCCCAGAACUGAGAGGGAUGGUGACAGGAAACGCCCCCCCUCCAUCUUGAGACCCAGAAGGCAAGAGUAUGGGUGUCAUGGGGCUGAGCCACAGAGAACUUCAAGGCACGUGCGGUUCCGAGAGCCCCUGGAGGUGGCUGUCCACUACAUUGCCCGCAAGGACUCCACAGCCUCCAUCAAGGAGCCCCGCCGCCGGCCAGCUUUCCCUGGUGGUCAUCUGCUCCGGCCAGCAUCCUGCAGUGGCUCCCUAUUCCUGUGGCUGACUCUGUGUGUUCUGCUGGGAGUGGUACUGGGCCUGUGCUGUGGCCAGGCCACACAUGUCACGGAAGCCCUGGAGGACCUCUGGGCUCGGCUCCUCGUCCUCAUCUCCCGCCUGUGGCGUGUGGUCCGUGCCUGUUAGCACUGCCUCCUGCAGCUCUGACACGUAGCUGAAUGGGCAAACCCAGCACAGCUCGGCAAACGGCGUGCCACUGUGCCACAGCCCCAGGCCUGUUUUGUUUUAUAAUAAAUGCUCAAAGACAUAGACAGA